AUGGAUGAGGCAGCGGCAUUAAUGGAUUACGCAGGAUUGGAACCUCAAGGCCAUCCACCUGGUUAUGGUCGCAAGAGCCGAAAGAAAACUUCAGAGAACCAACUGUCCACUAAUGCAGGAAUGGGUUCAGAUUCAGAAAAUCAAAAUUCUCAAGAGAGUACGAGCAGUAGCAUUUCCGGCAGUGAUAGCAGUGGUGUCAGCACGGCUAGCGAUGGUUUAGUUAAAAUGACUGCACUGAAUCGAGAAUUGCGUGCACUCGAUUUUGAUCACCCCGGAAACGCGGUUGCAUUGCCAUCUUCAUCUUUAAUCUACUCAUCGUCCAGCACUGAUGGUCGACGAAGAUCCACUCGUCGUCGGGACCAUUCGAAUAAUACGUGUUACACGCCACAUCACGAUGAGUUUGGUAACUUUGUCAAACCUGAUGGAUCAACCGUCAAACUAUGUGACUGUUUGAAACCUUCUUGUCCUGGCUGCCAUUUUCCAUGUAAAAAGUGUGGUUCUCGGAUGUGUGGACCAGAAUGUCAGAGAGGACGUGAUUAUGUUCUGUUAAAAAUUGGCUGCGAUGCGCCUGCACCGACAUAUCAUCCAUACUUAGAACAAACCCUAUAUAAAACCAAAUGUACCAUUCAUUCAGAUUUAACUAAUCAGUAA